UACUGAGACACAAACAGACUUGAUGGCACUGAAAGAGGAGAGUCAAGAACUGAAUGAAACUCAAGAGAAACAUCAAAAUGAAAAACAGCAUGAUUUCAAACCUGAAGAAGAAAUUAGUUCCUCACAAACUGAAAAGACUUCCUCACCUAAAAAAGCUCAAAAAACACAAAGUACAAACCUUCAUUCCCACAUUAGAGUUCAUACUGGAGAGAGCUCUUUCACCUGCCAAAAGUGUGGACAAAUUUUCAAUAGGAAAGGGAGCUUUACAAUGCACAUGAAAUUUCACAUUGAAAAGAAACCAUUAAUAUGCCCUCAGUGUGGAAAGUGUUUUAGACGGAAACAGUACCUUAAUGUCCAUAUGAGAAUUCACACUGGAGAAAAACCUUGCAUCUGCAAACUGUGUGGAAAGAGUUUCACACAGAAAAGUACCCUUAAUGCCCACAUAAAAAGUCACACUGGAGAGAAACCUUACACCUGCAAACGGUGUGGGAAGAGUUUCUCAAAUGGAUAUUUUAAGACUCACAUGAAAAUUCACACUGAGAAGAAACCAUUAAUAUGCUCUCAGUGUGGAAAGAGCUUUACAGAGAAAAAACUCCUUAAUGUCCACAUGAGAAUUCACACGGGAGAGAGACCUUACACCUGCAAACUGUGUGGGAAGAGUUUCACACGUAAAGGAAGUCUUAAGACUCACAUGAGGAUUCACACUGGAGAGAGACCUUUCAUAUGUGUUCAGUGUGGAAAGAGUUUCACACAGAAAAAUCUCCUGAUUGGCCACAUAAGACUUCACACUGGAGAGAAGCCUUUCACCUGCCCUCAGUGUGGAAAGAGUUUCACCAUUAAAAGAAACCUACAGGCUCACAUAAGAAGUCACACUGGAGAGAAUCCAUUCACAUGUGAUCAGUGCGGCAGGAGUUUCAGAUAUAAAGAAAACCUUAAUUAUCACAUCAGUAUUCAUUCGAGAGAGGUCAGAUUUAAAUGUCAUCAGUGCGAAAGGAGUUUCACAGACACAAAUCACCUUCAGGAUCAUGUUAAAAUUCAUAUUGGAGAAAAGCCUUUCAUGUGCCAUCACUGUGGAAAGAGUUGCUCAAAAGGAGGACACCUCAAGGAUCACAUGAGAAUUCACACUGGAGAGAAACCUUUCACCUGUGAACAGUGUGGAAAGAGUUUCAGGGCUAAAGGAAGCCUUAAGACUCACAAGAGGAUUCACACUGGAGAGAGGCCUUACAAGUGUCCUCAGUGUGAGAAGAGUUUCAGAAGUCAAAGCAGCAUGAAACGUCAUUUGCAAACUCAUUCUGAGAAGAAAUUGCAGUUUUCCUCAGCGUGACGAGAGGUUUUGAAAAAGGAACUAUUUCUACAAUCAUUUGUACAUUCUUUCUGGAAGACUAUUUAAUUGUGGUUAAUGUAAUAAAAUGUUUUUUUUUUUUUUUUUGCCAUCACAAAUAAAGAUACAUG